AGCCUCCACAAGGUCAGGUGACGUUGUCUAAUUGAGAUAAUGAAGGCAACAGCUCACACCUGUUCAUGGAGGUGUGUUUAGUAUUUAACACACAUGCACGAGCUCUGGUUCGAAAGCUGUUUUCUGCGGUGCACGCGUGUGGUCUCUCUGGGACAGAAUGUCAUCUAAAGCUGGUCUUCAGUGCAUCUCAUGCCUGGUGUUCCUGGUCGUGUGUCUCCAGCCUGGAGUCCUCUGUGGAAACCUCGUCUGUUACUUCUGUCCUCUGACGUCACACAACAGAACCUGUAAGCACGUGCUGUCCGAGUGUGGGCCGCGGGAGCUGUGCUUCACUGCGCGUGGCCGCUUCGGGGGCGCGACCCUGCUCUUCUCCAAGGGCUGCGCGAGCCCGAGCGACUGCGCGCGACCGAAAACAUCUAAGUUCCGCGGGAACAACGUCACCCUCGCGUACUCCUGCUGUGGUUCACGCUACUGUAACUCGGGCCCGCGCAUUGCGCGCGAUCCGGCUCUGCUCGCAGUGACUGCUAUUGCUGUGAGUGUGUGUGCGGGAUGGGCAUGAAGAUGAUGAUGAUGACCUUAAGAAACAUGGACGAAACACGGCACUCAUCUGCUAAUGAGACUUUAAAAGCUGUGUAAAAUUAUUUUAAAUGUUUACUUUUUGUUUUAUGAGCUUCAUUAAAUUAGUGUUGAU